CGUUAGUUAGUCUAGCAGGUUACGGACAACGAACCUAGCUAGCUGGGACACACUCUUUUUCUCGCCACUUCGAUAGAGCUACGACCGGAAAUGAUUUUAAUAGCAGGUUAGGAGGGCCGUUUUGCUAUCCCUAAUUAUUUUGCAUAACCUUAACCAAAUUGUCCUAACCUGCUACAUUGAUUCUCAUAACCUGUUGCGUAAUAAUUUGUACUAAUCUGCUACGAAAAAGUAACUUCCGGUCGUAGUUGURUCGAAGUGGCGCAAAGAGUGUUUCUCAUAGUUCGUUAGUUAGCUGACGCUAGAUAGCUACAUCUCCAAAUACGAUGUAGGCAUUUGCAGGCAUUUGGCUAGGUAAUUUAUAUAGUGGAAAUUACAUUAUCUGUCUAGCUCAUUUAGAGAUUAAUGUCAUCAGGGGGUUUUGAUUACUUUGUCUUUGUAGAGACAUUGGUGCAAAAUGGAUGUUGACGUUAAGCUAGAGGAAGAUGAGAGGGAGAUAUCCCAAACAAUCAUUUGGUCUGAUUCGAUUAAUGCCUGGAUAGAUUACCCAAAUUCAACAUUGUCAGGAAACACAGAAACAGGUUACCAUGUGGGUUUACUGAAAGAGCAUUCACAUGUACCUCCCAUCAGUCCCCAAACAACAAGCCAAGGGCAGAUUUUACGUAUUUUUCCUGAAAUGACCGGUGCAAGUGAUGGGGAGAACAGGGCUGUCAAAAUGGUUUAUUUCUGUAAAGAUCAAGAUACCAUCGGCACAUCUGAAGGGAAUUUAAUCAAAGAGCAGUCAUGGCAUUUAGCACCGUCCAGUGAUAUUCUGAGUCUGACAGGACAUGCAUCCACCUCCAGUGGUUAUUUUGAAGCUCAAAUCAACCCAACUUCACAGGUUUCCAGCCAAACACAGACCCAGACCAAUAAUGAAUUGCCCUCUGACAAUGUUAAUAUCCCAAGCCAUAGUACUGCCAUUCAUUCUGUGCUAACCYCACCUGCUACAGAAAGCAGCUGUCAUUUAGCUGUAUCUACUAGGCCUAUUCUUCCAGAAUAUUGUGAGCCAUUGAACUUUCCCUCUGAUGAAGAGGAAGACUACAAUGCCAAUUUAAGACGAAGACUACAAUGCCAGAAAACGUUAGAGGAUAAAUGUAUACGUCAGUGUCGUGCCAGUUACUCAAGACCCAACCUAAGAAAGUUUGGGAAAUAUUGGAAAGAUCCAUACGCCAAGUGCAAGGAAAUAGGUGUAGAUUUCAAUGUUGGAUCWGGAGCGAAACAGAAACUYGAUUUACAUUUMCUGACAUUUGGUGUAAUGCUUGAGGUGUCAGAAUAUGCUAAAAACAUUAAUAGAUCUCGCCCUCAUGUUAUCUUCGAUAUUCUAGAUUACAACUUUGGUCUUGGUGUACAAAAUGAACAACAAUAUGACUUUUCAAACAAGGUAGAAAAGAAAUUAAAAGAAAUGCUGAAGGUGCAUUCCAAGAGAACACCUGAGUGGUUAACAGAGGUGUUUGAACUUCCUGAUCCAAAGACAGUUAAAGUUUUGGAAUACUCCCUUAAAUGGGCACAGUUCUAUUUGCAAAACAGCUUGUCAAAUCCUACACCUUUUGACAUUUGCAUAAAGGAGGAGCCUGUUGUGGGCCUGAUCUCUCCUCUGCAUGUGACGACUGAGAGCUUYUCUACUGAGACAGAUGUAACACGGUGUGCUGAUGAGACGGCAAUCCUUGGCCCUGAAAAUGGACGUAAUGAUAUCUGCACACGGUAUGAGUCUGAUAUGGGCAUUGUCUAUCCUCAACAUGUCCAGACGAAGACCUUCACAACUCAGACAGAUAGAACAAUGGGCCAAUCCUUAAUAAUGCCCACUGUAGAAGAAGCAUUGAGGGACCUCUACCCCAUCUGUAAGGAAAAAGGACUUGACCUUGUUGUGAAAUCAAAAUAUGGGAAAACUAAGAAACUUGACUUGCAUCUAUUGACCAGAGAUGUAAUGUUUGAAUUGGCUGAUUUUGCCUCACAAGUGUGUGGAAAUUGGAAGCAGAUUGUGUGUGAGGUUCUCGAGCAUAAUUUUGAUUUGGAUUUAAAAAGUGGGAAAACUGAGCUGGCUGAAGAUAUAAUGGGAAGGUUAAGAGCAGUUUUGCAGCGCAGGACAGGUAAAAACGGUACAUGGAGAUGGGAACUUGAAAAUGAAGCCUUCUUCUUAAAGACGUCACGCAAACGAAAGAAUCCUGCGGAGAUGUCCACAAACCAGAAGGUCACUACAGCAUCACUUGAGCCGAAAUACCAAAUGAAAGAAGUAUCAAAAAGGAGGAGAUUGAAUUUAAUGAGGAAAAAGAAAGACGCGGACAUGUUAGUAACCAAGGAGACCGAGGGAGGCCAUUUUUUUGAAGUCGUACAAGUAGAACCUCAUUGUGUCAAAAUAGAGAGAAUCUCUGAUGAGACUGACCUUGCGCUUUGUACUGAUGAAACGAAGCAAAUUGUUGUUACCAACUUAGACCAAUCAAAUGUGACGUCUCACACCAAAGAAAUGGUGAAAGCCAAAGCGUGCUACCCACUCUGUGAGGAAAUAGGUCUGGACCUUGAUGUUACAUCCAAACCUUCUAAAAAGAAACUGGAAUUUAAUUUGCUGACAAACGGUGUAAUAUUUGAGGUGUAUAAAUAUGCUAAGAUAAAAUCCUAUCAUAAAAAAGAAAAAAGAUUUGGGUAUAUUCUCUUUGAUAUUCUAAAAUAUAAUUUUGAUCUUAGUUUGCAAAAUCAGAGACGUUAUCAAGCUCAAUUAUGGAUUUAGAGUAAAGUGACGGUUCCAAAACACAAACCUGAGCUCUUGGGAAAAGGAGAAAUCUCUAAAGAAGUGUUUAUAAUACCAAGUGUGAUUAAAAGCCAGGCAAAAAAAACUGUGCUUUCAGAUUAUUUUCCUGAAAAAAAUAUGGAACAAGAUGCGAGGCUGUUUUAUCCUCAUCGUGGUAAAGACACUAUCGCUAUGGAGACAGUUGAAACGAUCUCCGCUGAUGAAGCAGCGACGCUUGGCCGGGAUAAUGGACCUGCUGACAUCUACAUAAAGGAGGAGUCAGAUCUUCACUCUGAGGUCAAACGGGUUUAUUUCUGCAAAGACCAAGAUACUGUCAGAACAUCUGAAGAGCAUUUGAUCAAAGAUGGAUCAACACCCAGUAAUAUUCUGACUGGAAAUCUAUUCAGCCUUCCACAGUCACCACUACCAGCUGCAGAAAGUGGUCCUUUCGGAAGUCAAAUCGAGCCAACUUCACAGAUAUAACCAGAAGGUCCCUGCAGCAUCACUUGAGCCAAAAUACCAUAGGCUGACAGAAGUAACAAGGGGGAAAAAAGGGAUUUAAUGAGGAUAAAUAAAUGUUUAUAGCCAAGAAGGAAAAUAAAGUUGUCAGACAAGUAGAACCUCAUUGAGAUGAGAUGGAGAGCAUCUCUGAUCUGCCAGGGAAAGAAAAGCACUUCCUGACUGACAUCUCAGGAAAAAGAAAAGCACUUCCUGACUGAGAACUCAGGAAAAAGAAAAGAUGCAAGAUGGAAAGAAAAGUCUGAUCUGCUCGCUGUGAAACGCCAGUUUCUCAUUUGCCUGAAAAAAAGAAGAAGAUUGAUAUUGUUAUAUGUGAUGGAAGUGCAACACGAGGUGGAUUCUUACUGAAGUUUCAAAAUGCUUUGUAGUUGAGACUGGUUCUGGGGAGAAAUGCUAACAAAUCCUUGCUGAAUACAGAUCAGACAUCCUAGGAUUUGGGGGCUAUUGAAAAUCUGCAAAAGGCUAAGUCAAAUUCCGUCAGUUCAAGAAGACGACUCGUACUUGGGAAUGGCUCUGGACUAAAAAAAAUUAAAACUGUCAGUGUUAAAAUCACUGCAGAGACAAGAGUUUUGCCAAAAGGAAGAAGGGCUGUUGAUCACUUGUGUGGUAGAAAGAAACACCCAGAAUCAGUCUGGACAGGAUGGAGUUUCAGUCUGGACAGGAUGGAGUUUCAAUCUGGACUGGAUGGAGUUUCAGUCUGGACUGGAUGGAGCUCCAGUCUGGACAGGAUGGAGUUUCAGUCUGGACAGGAUGGAGUUUCAGUCUGGACAGGAUGGCGUUUCAGUCUGGACAGGAUGGAGUUUCAGUCUGGACAGGAUGGCGUUUCAGUCUGGACAGGAUGGCGUUUCAGUCUGGACAGGAUGGAGUUUCAGUCUGGACAGGGUGGCGUUUCAGUCUGGACAGGAUGGAGCUUCAGUCUAGACAGGAUGGAGUUUCAGUCUGGACAGGAUGGAGCUUCAGUCUGGACAGGAAGUCCAUACUAUGACUUACUUUACUUUCAUAUAUUGGGCUGCCUUUAUCACAAUAGUUUCAAAGUUUCAAAAAGUGUGUUUUCAAAUGACUGAAUUCUACAUCGGUCUUUGGAUCAUACUUGGAAUGUGAAAGGUUCCUAUACAUUGAUCCAAAGUUCAUACUUGGAAUGUGAAAGGGUCCUAAUGUAACACUAGUUUUUAGGUCUCCCUGUAGACUUCCAUUCUAGUACUCACCCUGGAACAGAGUCAACAAGCCUUACGGAGAUGUGUAUUCAUUAGGCAUACUGUAGUUAAAUGUUUAAUGGGACGCUACACCAGCAUUUCUUGGACCAAUUCAGAAAUUGGUACACAAGAAAGGAGUAGCCUAGUCUUUUUAGGAUUAAGUGAAAAUAGGGAGACAAUAUAUUUUACAUGUAUUCGUAUUAAGGGUUUAGUCUUUGAAUAGUGGAUUUUUUGCAGAUUCCCUUGGCCUUCCUUCCUGUUUAACUUUUAAUCCCUAGUCUUGCUGUAGAGACUGAAUACAGCAGGAUUAUUGAUAAGACUUAUUUUCUUUUUCUUAACCAUUUUACGACGUAUUCAUUGACGAGACAAACUCCACUACCUUUUACACGCCUCUGUAGAAGAACCUCUCAUCUUUUUUUGUUAGAAAUAAAAAGACAAGGAUAUUUUAUUUUCUAAGAGUGAAAUAACCUACUAUGAUAGAUUGUGUUUUUAUACUCUUCUUUUUAAAUCAGCUAUUUUGUUUUUUGUUAUUUUUUUUGUGGAAAGAUUUAGAGAUCAAGACCUGCCUUACUGUCGCCCACAGGUUCUGAUUUUGAACAUGGACUUAUUCUACCGUAAACUAAGAUUAUUAUUUAUUUAUUUUAAGGAUACUUCCACUGAUAUUCGUAGAGCUGUCAUUUUAUUGUGAGGAACUGCAGUUCGAUCAGAAUUGUUUUGUUCUCUGUUUUGUUCUCUGUUUUGGGAGUGAUCCUCUCACUCAGUCACUCGUCUCAGUGCACAAGUCUCCCCUUCUUCCAAACAUCGCGUAUGAAUCAGAAUCGGUAGCUAGUUAUGACACGUGAGCCUCUGGAUGAAAAGCAGAGUUUCCCUAAAGCAGCGUGGUCGUAUCAUCUCUUCUCCCUGUUGGACUGAACACUUUCAACUCUACACAAGUGAAAACCCCAAAUCCCUAAAGUGGUGGAGAAGGAGGCCACCUGCAGUAUGUCAGGACAGUGGCUUGUUCCCAGAGGACCAAGACUUGAGGACGCUACUUCUGUCAUGAUGACGGAGGUGC